AUGGAUAGAAAAUCUGCUAGAAUAAAAGCAGAGUUGCAAAGAUAUGGUUGGAAAGUUUCGAAAAAGUUUAAAUAUAGGAAGGGAAGACCCAUAAAAGUCUAUGACAAACUGGCUGGUCUGACCUACGAAAUGGACCUUGAAACAGCACGCGCCAAUUAUCCAAACAGACUUGAGAGGUUAGAAGAAGAGCGUCUUAUGAACUUGCCUUUCGAUGUUAGUGAGCCGCAGGUUGAAGGACACGACGGCUUUGCCAGAUUCUAUUGGAAACAUGACGAACAAUUGCAUCCUUUGAGAAGGAAAAAAGGUAGUGCAGAGGAUGGUCAUGCUCCCAUGGAAAGAACAAGAUAUGCAUAUGAGAAGUACCGUGAAGUUAGAAGUCAAAUUACAUCUGGUCGAACCUUUACAGUAAACUUUGACGAAGGAAAGAACAAAGAAGGCUUCAUGGGAGUACUUGCUGCAAUUCAAGACGGAAAUAAGAAAGGAUACAAUCUCAGAUUGACUAUAACAGAUUUGGAUGGUCAUAUAUACUAUGCACAUGGCAAUGUCACAACAGCUGCAAUGCUUCUUGACGCUUUCAAGACUACAAAGAGAGAACAAAUGGCUGACUCGGACUCAGACAUUUUGAAUGCAAUUGAAGGAAUUGCAAGUGUAAAGUUUGAAUGGUACCAACCUAACCCUCAAGCAGUCAGACAACAUGCUGGAUACUUCCCGUUCAUAAAUAA